AUGGAUGAACAGGAAGCAUUAAUUGCUAGAAAUCAUUACAAUCACGACUAUCCAGCCCACCCAAAUAAUAUCAUCAUCAAAUUUGAUGAUGACACUACAGUGUUUGGACUCAUCUUGGAGGGGACCGAAUCUGCAUACAGAGAGGAGAUCCUGAAAUCAUCAGCUUGGAGCUCAACAAAUAACCUGACAUUGAUCACCAUGAAAACAAAGGAAAUCAUCUUUGACUUUAGGAUAAACAGCACAGACCUCAAACCCCUCUACAUCAACGGUGAUUUGUGGAGAGAGUCCCAGCCUGGUUUUCAUUUGUUUGACCUGUUGCCCUCUGUAAGAUGUUCACCUGAACAAAUAAAGUAUGAACGACAAAAAGAAGAUUUUACUGUAUCUUGGAAAAACAGAAACAUAACACACUAUCAGUUGCAGUAUAAGGAAUUAAACAAGGAAUCCUGGAUAUUAGUAAAUUCAAUAGAGGAUAAUAGCAUUAAAGUUGCAGUGCCAAAUGAAACAGUUUUCUAUGAGGCUCAAAUUAAAUGCAUUCCAAAUAAUGUAUGCAGUGAUUGUAAAUGGAGUGAAUUUCUUUUCAUUCCUCCAGAGCCAAAAAUUGUGGAAUUAUUUACUGCUCCAUUUAGUGAAGGAAACAGAAUGUUACAUAUGAAAUGGGAGAUGGCCCAUGAUCAACAUAUUAAUGGCUACAAUAUCAGUAUAACAAGAGGCACUGAACAUGCUAACUACAGUACUCGGCACAGAGAAUUCUUCCUGAUUAUUUCUGGAUCCGCUUACACCAUUAGCAUUACAGCUUUUAAUAAUAAAGGAAGAUCACCAGCAACUACUGUGAUUGUUCAAGAGCUUGAAAAUAUAGUUUAUUCUGGUGAGAUGAAUAUAACAGCCAAGGACCCAAGCCAGUUUCAGAUUUCUUGGAAUUCAAGUGAGACGAAAUGUUACGCUUUUGACUGGGGACCAGUUAAAGGAGAUAGAACAUCAAAUUCCUGGUUCACUAACACACCUUCAUUACAGUUAAAUGGUGAAUUUGAAGCCUAUAAAAGAUAUCGUAUCAUAAUGUAUUUAAGAUAUAAAAAUCCACCUUGCAACCUGAAAGACUUCAAUGGCACUGAAAGAACAUUUGCUGUUAAGGAUGCUUAUAUCACCGAAGGAACACCUCUAUAUGGCCCGUCCAACAUUUCUGCCAGUGACAUUAAAAGCACAUCAGCAUUGCUUACCUGGUCAGAAAUUCCAGAGGAGAGUUUGCAAGGGUUUCUCCAGGGUUAUGCCAUCCAUUACUCUAGCAAUAGUACUAUGGACUCGUCCCAAGCUGUUUAUGUGAAUUCAUCUACAUUGAGCUGGACUUUAACUGAUCUCAGAAGCAACACGCUUUACACAGUGCAAAUUUCUGCCUUCACAAGUGCUGGAGAAGGAAAACAAAGUGAAGACUAUGUGUUUGUAACUCUGAAAGAAGUCUCUGCAAGGAUCUAUUUUACAAUGAGUGGAAUACCUGUUCUUCUGAUUACAUUUAUUGUAAUAUAUUGUCAAGGUUUUGAAAAAGUGAAAAAAGCCUUUUGGCCACAAAUCCCCUCUCCAGAGAACAGCAGCGCUAUCCAAGAAAUUGAUAAGACCAAUCCUGCCAGGUUGGUGGAAAGUAGCCUUUUGCCAGUGACUGAAUUGGAGUUGGACACCUCUGAUUCUGGGAGCAUCCAUAUCAUUGAAGAAACAUCUGAAAUUACCCGAAUAUAUGAGGCUGCAAAGAAUAAUCAAUCAGUUGAUCAGGAAGUUCUGGUCCAAGAUGCUGAAGCUCUAAUUGUUACUGAUCAGGUAGAGCCAGACCACAUGAAUGCAUUUUCCAAAAUGGCAGGCCCUUCAUUCAAAACUGCAAGUGAUUACACCACAAUGGAAUUAUUUCGCCAAGCAAUGCCUCAUUUUUCUAAAGUCGAUCAGGAGACACAAGACAAAGAAGAGCACACAGCUUGUGAUAUGAGGCAAGACUACGUGAAGCAAAAGCACUGCUACAUGAAUCAUGCUGACUCAUGAACCCUAUUAUGGACAUGCGGCGCCAGUCUAACGAUCCUCUUGAUGGUAGAAAGGACCGUCACUCAAUGGCCUCAAGCAAACUAUCUGAAGUUAUUAAGAGUCGGAAACCAUUUGGGGCAUCUUCUACACACCAGGAAACAGAAAUGAAUGGAGUCCGCUGAGAUACAAGCUGUGAUUUGUUCAGCUGGAAUGUUAAUAAGCUGAUGUGAUAUUUGACAUAAACCAGACAAGUCAAAGUCAAGGCCUGCAGGCCACAUCCAGACCACGAUGUAAUUAUAUACCACCCACAAGAUAGUUGUAUAUGUCUUUAUUAAUGGCCCGUCAGUAAAUGGAACUCCCACUGCUCAUACUACACUCCCACUACUCAUACUACAAAUCCCACAAUGCACUGCAACCCCCAAGCUGCUCUAAUGAAACAGUGAUCAGUGGUCAGCGGGUGAAUGCAUCGAUUAACACUUUUACAAUCACAUUUAAACUAGCACCCAAAUGAAAAGUGGACAUGGAAAACAGGGAUUUUCAAAGCAGCUGGGAGGCAGAGUACCAGUUUUUAGACAUCGGAGGUAAACCUGUAUGCCUCGUUUAUGGAGCUAAUGUGGCUGUAAUUAAGGAAUAUAACAUAAGAUGGCACUUUGAGACAAAACAUCAGGACAAGUACAAAAACCUGGACACACAGCAGAAGCUACAGAAGGCAGAAGAGUUUAAAAAGAGUCUGUUGUCGCAACAGGCUAUGUUCACAAAAGCAAACAUUACCAAGUGAAGCGGACGUGAAAGCUAGUUUUAUAGUGGCAAAAGAGAGCCAAAUCGGCCCUUUAUGGGGGAGAGUUUUUGAAGCACUGUAUGAUUAAAGUGUGCGGUCUUUGUGUCCAGACAAAAUGCAGGUAUUUUCAAAUGUAAGCCUUAGCAGAAAUACUGCUGCUGAUCGGAUAUGUGAGCGUGCCACUGAUUUACAAACACAGUUUAUGGAACAGGGAAAAGACUUUAUUGCAUAUUCCCUUGCUGUGGAUGAGAACUCCGAUAAGACUGACACUGCACAGCUGGCAAUUUUCAUUCAUGGAGUAGAUUCCAGUUCAUGCAUUACAGAGUAUUAAACCAAUUCAUGGCACAACCACAGGAUAAGACAUGUUUGAAGAAGUAUCUAAAUGUGUAAAUGACAUGAAACUGUCCUGGAACAAACUUAUGGCACUGAUGAUGGAUGGAGCACCUGCAAUGUGUGGGGAAAAGAGUGGAUAGGUGCGAAGGAUGCGAGAGAAGAUGCAGAGGGAGAAUGGCACAGCUGAGCUCACAAGAUAUCACUGCAUCAUACACCAGGAGACACUAUACUGAAAAAUCCUGAAGAUGGAACACGUCAUGAGCACUGUAACACAGGCAGUUAACUUUAUAAGAGCCAAAGGCUUAAAUCACCGCCAGUUUCAGGCUGUUCUGGAGGAAAUACAUUCUGAAUUUUGUGACAUGCCUUAUUACUCAGAGGUGCGCUGGCUGAGUCGAGUAAAAGUGCUUAACAGAUUUUCGAGCUGCAUGAGGAAAUCUAUCAGUUCAAGCAAAGUAAAGGAAAAGACU